AUAAUUGUCGUUAUAAAUUGUGUCGCAAAAGAAUACUGAAUUAAUUAAAACAGAUCCGGGAGGAAAAUUGGAAAAAAUGAACUUUACGGGACAAUAUAAAGCGAGGACCCUCGCCUUCAUUAUGCCUCCUAAUGAAGGACCGACCUCGGGAUGGAAAGGAUACGCCCUUCGAAUUACAGCAUUCGCGGUAGGUUUCGGCAUUUGCGUCCUACUGUUUCGAGGAAAUAGUUCGUUUGGCAGAAGAUGGAGAAGCUUCCGUAGAAAUCGUAGAACUCCAACUGUGUCGAACGUCUCGAGUGCCGAUUUGAGUACCACCGAAAUGAAAGAUGACGACAGACCCACGAUGACGUACAACGGCGAAAUCUGUCCGAUCUGUUUAAACACGCCGAGGAUGGGCGUGAAAGCCCCCUGCGGUCACUUGUUGUGCGCUGAGUGCCUGGCGAGUUAUUGCGAUGUUAGAAUAGCACCUGCGCCACCACCUUGUCCAUUAUGCAGAGCGCCGCUGAAAUCGAUGACCUUGGCCGAAUUGUUAGUGUAACACAACGCGCCAACUUCGA